AUGAUGAGAUAUCUUUGGGUAAUUUGCGCCACAUUGUUGCCUCCCAUCAUAUGCCGUGAAUUUUGGUGCGAUUUCGGAGAUCCAGAAGACUUGCUUAUCAGCAAUGCUGCGGUUAUCUGCCAUAUGGAUCUUGACUAUUACAAGAGCGCAAUUGUCACGUGUCCACACCGAGUGGAAAACACAGAUUAUGUAUGGCAUCCGCAACCAAGUUUAGAUGAUCAGGCUCAUCUCAACACUUACGUGAGCGAAAAUGGCAGACUCCGUUCUAUUGCUGUUUCGGAUGUAAUGAGAUCGGAAAACACGAGAUCUCUCAUACAUACGGCAUCUACGCCGGAUCUAACGGAGCUGCAGUCAUUCUUAUCAUACGAUAAAUUAUUUGGCAUUACUGAUUAUCGUUUGAUAUUCAUAUGUGCGCCUCGAGAUUUCGUUAUGAGUGAUGCGUUGCAGAGUAUCGUUGACCGCCUGAAGUAUACCAAAAACACUCAAAAUUUCUCUUGGGAUGCAAUUACGCCAUUAACCGAGGAGGUAAAAAAGAUAGGGAAUGGUUUAGGUAUAUAUUUCUUCUACAGAGGUCGUGGGCAUCUACCUCUUCAAGGUUGCGGCAGUCGCCCAUCGCCACUCUUCGCUACGGAUGAGGUGACCGUGGACCCCAUCACAGGCACACGGUCAUGUGUGGUAGAUCCUAUGUCGAAAUCACCCAUAGGGUUUCUUUGCGAAGGCAGGAUUGAACCUGAGGAUUGCAUGAGGUCCCUCAUUGACGAGAAUGGAGAGGUUGUGGCUGCCCCCGAAUCGCACCCGUACUGGAGUUUCGAUACUCAUAAGCCUUGGGUGAUAGCGACAUACUUUCAUAAAUUCGCAUUGCCGCCGUUCAGUGGCGAAUGCUGGUGCAUAGAUUCCGAGACAAGCCAAGUGAAGGCCCGUAUAGAGAUUCGUUCGAAAACUGACUACGUUUGUGAUAUUACAAGUAACAUCUUCCGCAACAAAGUUCGCCCCAUCCGUGGCCCGUGGUGUUCGGUUGUACUUCAUCCAGGCAGCACAUUGACGAUCAUAUUCCCAACAAAGGCUGUUGACUUGGCUCCCAUAGACAAACAUUCGGACGAGGAUUUGGAGGAACGUUUGUCGACUGUCCCAUUUUCUCAACUGCCAUCAAUUUAUGAAUACGAAACUGAAUUCCUGCCGAAGGACUUGACUACGCUGAGACAACUGAAAAACGCCUGUGACGAUAUAUAUAACGAAAUCUCAUACGUCAAUGCCCUUGUUGGUGAUGCUCUCGAAUUGGAUAUUUCCCAAAUGUCGUUGGGACAGGUGAAGCUGAAGUACAACGCGGCAAACCCACUUACAUCACUAGGAGGGCACAACUCGUUCUUUUAUCAUUGGACUUUGAUAUCCAGGAACGAGAAUGUUCCAGAUAAGAUACGCGCCACUGUCAACGUGUCUUUUGCGUUAACGCAUUACUACCGCAUCCUCGGCUGCGACCAAGGGACGCCAAGUCUCUUCCAUCCUGCGAUUAGGGAGAAGUACUGUUCAACCAAACGUAUGGGCAAUGGAAUAGGGUAUAUUUAUGAAUGCAUAUACCGCCACGUGUGGGAUAGUUGGCAGGCUGGCAUACACUGCAGGCCAGAUGAGGAGUUGUUGCCAAACAACUGCGACAACACAGGAUAUGAUCUGCACUCUAAUCGGAUCAUGCCUUUCCCAGGAUCUAUUCGAAAUGCAACGCUUCAUCCCAUUCGAGGAUUUCAAGUGUUAAACGCUGAUUUCCGCACAACGACCUCUGUCAGUUAUGCCUGCAUAUGUGUGGACAAACGUGGAUACGAGAUAUCUAGGCUUAUUUUAGAGUCCAAUCGAGAAGUAAAUUAUACCGGCAUAGUGCGCCGCGGAAGUGAAUCACAUACGUUGCUUCCUUACAUAACGUUGCCUUGGGCUGAAGUAGAAUUGUCAAGUGAAGGACUCAUACCACCAAGCUCUCUUAUCCUAUAUAACGUAUCACGAGAGUCCAUUGCGCUGGACAUCGGUACAACGUUAUUCAUGCCGUGUGAUCUUGAUCAGCAGGAAGUUGCAAAUAAUGGACGGAUAGCAACUACAUGGCUUCCUAAGCAACACGAGGAAUUCCAUUACACAGUCAACGACACUCCACAUGGGCCUGAGCUGAUACGUAAGUCUCACAACGAGUCAUUUGCUACCACUCCAGGUGGUCUGGAAGUCAAAUACCAAGAGCACGACAGGAGGCCUGGAUAUAAACAUUUGAUGGUUAAAUCGAAUAACGGUGCAAUCUUAAUAUCUAAGGAUAUAACAAACACGAAAUACGUGCCCAUAACGUUUCUGUGCGGUAAGACACCAGAGCAAUCGGAUUUUACUCUCACCACUGGUGACGGAUCUGCGUCGGAAACAUCUGCACCAUUCAUUCCCAAUUCCAUAGCAUCAUCUACCCGAUACAUCUGGGAUGUCGUUGAUGUCAACGUCGAGACCACGGACCCGUAUAUGCAGGGCUGCGGCGUCACAUACGCAUCCGAUGAGUUGUUCAAGCUGGAGACGCCCCAACUCUACGACUCUGACGGGCAACCUCAGUUCGGGUGCAAGAUAAAUCUUCAAGCUGCCAAGGAAACGGCGUUCUACUGCCCAGCACCGUACGUCCUGGACCCACCCAACUGCUUCAGCCAAGUUUUCGUCGACGGCUCGGUCAAGAACAUAAGCGACCUCAGCAAGUCGCUGGUGUCGUCGCGAUCUAAUCACUUCGUCAUCCUAGAGUUCGACAGUUCACGCGUCGGUCAGGGUGAGACGUUGCGCCAGGGGCCUCCGUUGGAGUGCCGCUGCGUCACCGUCAAGGGCGCCGUACUCUCAACCAUCCAGAUCGAGAACUACUACUCAAAGUACUGA